ACCUUCCUUCCUUUGCUCUUCUCUCAUCUACCUCACAGCAAUCCUCUCUAUAAUCGGAUUCGAUGCCCGCAAAAUCUUCCUUCCAGGCAUUGCAUUUUCGCCGCAACCUUUCCACCUUCAACCAACCCUUCGGAAACUUAUACUAUUCUCUUUGGUGAUCGCUCUCGUCACUGGGAAUCCCAGAUUUGGAUCUUCAAUCCUCUAAUCACCACCCCUUCCCUCUCCAAGGCUCAGAAGGAGACACUUAGUGCCCACUUGGAAGAAGCCUCCAUCUACUUCUUCAAGAACACUCCAAUACCUCAAGCCCCUGGUUGGCCUUUCUCUCCGAUACUCAAAUAUGGGUCUCUCCAUGAACAUAUCGGAUCCGCACUCCUCAACAUCGGCUCGGCCAAAGACGCCGUGCCUCGAAUUACGAGGUGGAACUCAUGGAUCGUAUCCACAUCUAAUGUCUCCUCAAGCUCCAGCGAAAGAAGAGCGCUUCCGGGAGGGUAUACCGUCGCUAGAGUUCCAGAAGACCAUCUGGAGAUUGUAAUAGCCACCUCCACAAUCCCGCGCCAAGCAUCUACACUGCUGCUCCUUCCGAGUGUUGGGUUGUUAAAUGAGGAGGGGAGGUUGGUGGCAUGGGGAUAUAUUGGAAUUGAUGGAAGCUUUGCAACUCUGUAUGUGUUACCUGAUCAUCGAGGGAAAGGGCUGGCCUCGUUUGUUGCUGUGGAACUUCUAAGUCGUUUGGAAAGAGGGGAAUUUCAAGAUUUGGGGUUUGAUGGGAACAGUGGAUGGACACAUUCAGAUGUGAAGGUCGGGAAUAGAGAGAGCAAAGGUGUAAUGAAGUCGGUUGGAGGAAGCGUGGGCUGGGAGAGCAAUUACAUUUGGAUAGACAGUGACAAGUUUUGA